AUGUCACCCACGCCGGUUAGUCGCAGUUUGAAAGCAGAUAAUGUGAAAGAGAUCUAUUUCAAAGCUUACGUCGAUGAAAAACUUGAUGUACAUAAGAAGGAGUUAGAAGAAGAAUUACAUCAAAGUCGAAUGCGAGCUCUGGAGCAAGCGCUUGAAGAAGCCAAAAAAGAAAGUUGGAUGUAUAAACCAAUGGAUUUCUGA